CAGCCCUAAGUCUCUGACCCUCGGUGACAGUCUCUGUCCAUCUGCACCUGGCCCUCUGUCGGGACUUCCUCUGUGUCUCUGAAGAUCCCUGUCUCUUCCUGCUCCAUGCCCUCCUCCUGCCAGGUCCGAGUCCGCUCCACGUCCCCAGGUCUGGGACGUUUUGGGGGAGGGUGCGUCCCAGGCGGGUCCCUGUCGGUCCGUCCGCCCCACGUCGCCCCGCCAGGCACUGGGCAUGCCCCAGGCGCUUCUAUAUAAGGCAGCGCUGCUUGGGCCUGGGCCUGUGCCACUGCCACCGCUACCGCCGCCGCUGCGUCCCGCCCGGUCUGAGUCCGCCCGCCACGCUCGCCGAGCCGCUGCCGCCCACCAGUCCCUCAGCUGCUCCACCAACGAGAUGCUCUCCCUGGAUCCAUCGGGUCCUGAGUGGGAUUGCCCACUGGGCUCCAAGGACCUGGAGGAAGAGGGCCCCUGGGGAGGGGGCUCUGGCCUGCCACCCACAGGCUGCUUCCCUGGCUCCUGGCGCCAGGACGUGGGCCUGGACUGCAAGGGCUCCCCCGAGGGGGCCGAGGCCCGGGCCUGGACUGUCUACUACUACAGCCUCCUGCAGAGCUGUCUGCAGCAAGCUGGCCUUCCGGAGACCCAGGACCGAAGCCAGGUGCCCCGCACAGGCUGUCCUGGGGCGGAGGUGACCUUGUGCGUUCUGGGCUCCCCCAGCACCUUUCUGCCUGUGCUGCUGGAAGGUGGGGUCCAGAGCCCCGGUGAGUGUGUGCUCAAGUUUCCCCCCCGCUUCUACAGAAAGGGCAGCCCUGUGCCAGCACCCGGGCGGCCGGGAGAGGCAGCCCUCCUGGUCUCUAAGGCUGUGAGCUUCCACCCGGGGGGCCUGACAUUCCUGGAUGAGUUUGUCCCCCCACGCCGUGCCACCUACUUUCUGGCCGGCCUGGGGCUGGGGCCUGGCCGGGGCCGAGAGGCAGCAGAACUCGCCCGUGACCUGACCUGCCCCACAGGAGCUUCAGCUGAGCUGGCCCGGCUGCUGGAGGACCGGCUGCUGACAAGGCAGUUGCUGGCCCAGCAGGGGGGUGUGGCUGUGCCAGCGACCCUGGCUUUCACCUACAAGCCACUGGGGCUGCUUCGGGGAGGGGAUGCCAGCCCAGGACUACGGCUGGUGGAGCUGAGUGGCAAAGAGGGCCAGGAGACGCUGGUGAAAGAGGAAGUGGAGACUUUUCUGCGCUCCGAGGCCCUGGGUGAUGUCCUGCAGGUGGCUGUGAAGCUCAGUGGCUGGCGCUGGCGGGGGCGGCAGGCAUUUCGUCUGUACCCUAGGGAAGAGCUGGGCGCAGUGGUGGACACGGUGCUGGCACUGCUAGAGAAGCUGGAGGAGGAGGAGAGCGUCUUAGUGGAGGCUGUGUACCCACCUGUCUGGCUGCCCUGCUCAGAUGGUCCUUCACUUGGCCCUGGGCUGGCUGUGCGAAUCUGUGCUGUGGUCUGUCGGACACAGGGUGACAGGCCACUGCUGAGCAAGGUGGCAUGCGGCGUGGGCCGCGGGGACCGGCCUGUGCGGCACCACAACUCCCUACCGAGGACGCUGGAGGUGGCGCUGGCCCAGUGCGGCCUGGGCGAGGCGGCGCAGGUGGCGGCCGUGCGGCAGCGCGUCAAGGCGGCGGCCGAGGCCGCGCUGGGUGCCGUGCUGGCCCUGGAGGCUGGCCUGAGUGCCGAGCAGCGCGGCGGGCGCCGGGCGCACACGGACUUCCUGGGCGUGGACUUCGCGCUGACCACGGCAGGCGGCGCGCUGACCCCAGUAGCCCUGGAGCUGAACGGCGGCCUGUGCCUGGAGGCGUGCGGCGCGCUCGAGGGGCUGUGGGCCGCGCCGCGGCUGGGGCCUGCGGCCGAUGACGCGGCGGCCGCGCCGCUGGUGGAGACCAUGCUCCGGCGGUCGGCGCGCUGCCUCAUGGAGGGAAAGCACCUGCUGGUGGUCGGCGCCGGCGGCGUCAGCAAGAAGUUUGUGUGGGAAGCUGCGCGCGACUACGGGCUCCAGCUGCACCUCGUGGAGUCAGACCCCAACCACUUUGCAUCCCAACUGGUGCAGACCUUCAUCCACUUUGACACGACCGAGCACCAGAGGGACGAGGAGAACGCUCGGCUGCUGGCAGAGCUGGUGCGGGCUCGCGGCCUGAAGCUAGACGGCUGCUUCUCCUACUGGGACGACUGCCUGGUGCUCACAGCCUUGCUCUGCCAGGAGCUGGGUCUGCCUUGCUGCCCCCCAGCUGCCAUGCGCCUGGCCAAGCACAAGAGCCGCACCCAGCUGCAUCUGUUGUGCCACCACGGCCCACCCUGGCCUGCGCCCUCCCUCCAUGCUGUGCCCUGCUGCCCACUAGAGAGCGAGGCUGAUGUGGAGAGGGCCGUGCACCAGGUACCCCUGCCAGGUGUCAUGAAGCUGGAGUUCGGGGCAGGCGCUGUGGGUACACGGCUGGUAAAGGAUGCGCCACAGUGCCAUGAGCACUUUUCCCGGAUUACCCGAGACUUGCAGGGUGAGGCUGACCACCCAGGCAUUGGGCUGGGCUGGGGCAAUGCCAUGCUGCUGAUGGAGUUUGUGGAGGGCACCGAGCACGACGUGGACCUGGUGUUGUUUGGUGGGCGGCUGUUGGCUGCCUUUGUCUCUGACAAUGGCCCCACGAGGCUGCCUGGCUUCACUGAGACAGCGGCCUGCAUGCCCACUGGGCUGGCACCGGAGCAGGAGGCGCAGAUGGUGCAGGCAGCCUUCCGCUGUUGCCUGGGCUGUGGGCUGCUCGAUGGGGUCUUCAAUGUGGAGCUCAAGCUGACCGGGGCUGGGCCUCGGCUCAUCGAGAUCAACCCCCGCAUGGGCGGCUUCUACCUUCGAGAUUGGAUCCUGGAGCUCUAUGGCGUGGACCUGCUGCUGGCUGCUGCUAUGGUGGCUUGCGGCCUGCGUCCCGCCCUGCCCACCCACCCACGUGCUCGUGGCCACCUAGUGGGCGUGAUGUGUCUGGUGUCCCAGCACCUGCAGGCCCUGAGUUCCACCGCCAGCCGUGAGACCCUGCAGGCCCUGCAUGACCGUGGCCUGCUACGACUCAAUCUGCUAGAGGAGGCCCUGGUGCCUGGCGAGUACGAGGAGCCCUACUGCAGCGUGGCCUGUGCCGGGCCCAGCCCCGCCGAAGCCCGCCUCCGCCUGCUGGGCCUCUGCCAGGGCCUGGGCAUUGAUGGGCCCAACUACCCUGUUGCCCACUUCCUGUCUCACUUCAAAUAGCACUGGGCCGGGGGCAGGGAAGCAGUGCUGGGAGGAGGGACUGCAGUGCCCUCUGCUCCCUGGAGCUCUUUCUGCCUCUCUCCCCAUCGCCAUGCCCCAGCCCCAGCCUGGCCCCCUCCAACAGCUAGGUCUGUUCCAGAGUAGCAGGGCAACUUUGUCACCAAGGCAUCCUGCACUCAAGGGCCUCUUGCCCUCCCAAAGGCCCCAGUCUAGCCCACAGCUUCCCCAGCAUUCAAGCCUUGAAGAUGUGACAAUGACUGCACACACACACACCUCUGUCGCCACCUCCCCAGGUGGGAGCGGGCCCAAACCCAGCCCCUCCUGCUCACCCCUCUAGGUCUCACUCUCUUCCUGCCACCUAUAAGAGGAGACAGCUUGGGGUGGGCCCCAAGCCUUGGACAAAUCCUAAGAAAACCUGAGACUAGAGCCCUUGUCUUCCUCUCACCCAAACUCUAGGAUAGCUUUAGAGCCUGCUAAAAAGUUAGCAGCAUCCAACCUGCCUCAUUCGGCCUGAGCGGUAGAAGCAGGUGACCUGUGCACAGAAGUCAUCCUCUUCCUGCACAUCCCCGGAAGACACUACUGCCCACGUUCUCCAGAUGAGAGGAAACAGGCUGAGAGAAGAAAAAUGAGUGCUCCACGGUCAUACCACAGUGGAGGGAGGGUCACAGGAUAGGAGGCAGGGCCAGCUUCCUGUUUUGAUCAAGUCUUACACGCCCAUUCAGCUUCUACACUCCCCUCGCCUCCCUGCCCUCGUUCACAAGUGGCCCUGAGCCAUGUGAACACCUGCCUCCCACGCAUCACAAACCUUCUCCACCACGCUUUGGUGCUUUGGCCUCUGGCACACCUAACUAGCAUUGGCAGAGGAGAGUCUACUCUCUUCCUCAUUCAGGGAAGAUGCUCUAAGAACUCCUGCCUUUGUGCAGCACAGGAGCUGUAGACAGCUCCCCAGGCAUCCCUCCCCAAAUAAAGGCUUAUGAACUAGU